CUUUAUCUUCUCGGUCCCUCCUCUCCUCACCUCUCCUAUCUCUCUCGUAUUCCUCUCUUGAGCGAAUUCGCUUUCGCAUCCUUCGUCUUUCGCUGUGGGUUUCUACCCCCUCAUUUCUCUUUUUCGUAUCGAAGACGAGCUGAAAGUGAGGAAGCAUGAAUCAUCUCUGUGAUUUUUGUGGGGAACAAAGAUCUAUCAUCUAUUGCAGAUCUGAUGCUGCUUCUUUGUGCUUGUCAUGCGACCACAAUGUCCACUCUGCAAAUGCACUUUCUCGGCGCCACUUGCGCACCCUUUUGUGUGACAGAUGCAGUGCACAACCAGCUGUUAUUAGGUGCAUUGAAGAAAGUGUUUCACUUUGUAAAAAUUGUGAUUGGAAUAGUCAUGAUGGAUCAGGGGUAGCUUCAGGGCACAAAAGGCAGACAAUAAACUGCUAUUCAGGCUGCCCAUCAGCAGCAGAGCUUUCGAGAAUUUGGCCCUUUUUUCAGGAGUUCCCUCCUGUAGCUGAGCCUGAUUGUGAAAAGGGUUUAGGCUUGAUGACCAUCAGUGAGAACAACAUUAGUAACUACUGGGGACGUUCAGAAAGCAACAGUACCUUGGGUAUUUCCAGUGUAGGCAAGAUGAAAGAUCCAAUAGUUGUAGAUAAGCUCAAUCCCCUGACUGGAUCAUCUUCAGGGCCUGCAAUAUGUCCUUUGCCCUCUACUGCUGAUCAGACAGCUGGUUCAGUGGACUCAACUAUACCUAAGCUAGAUUGUGUUGGGACUAAAGAUUUCGAAUUCAGCAAAGAUGAUUUCUGUGAGGAUUUCAAUGUGAAUGAUGUCGACAUGACAUUUCAAAGCUAUGAACAACUUUUUGGCGUGUCUCAUAACCAAAUAAAUCAUAUUUUUGAUGAUGAUGAUGGCAUAGAUAGUUUUUUUGAUUUGAGGGAAACUUCUGCUGCCAAUUUGAACCACCAGGAUGAAUUUUUUGGAGAGGCAUCAUCUGCUGGGCAGCCUAACCCUAUGCUGGCAACACGUAGUAAUGCAGUUUCUGCUGAUUCGGUGAUGUCAAAUCGAGGAAAAAAUGCAGAUUCGAGACUGUUUAUUUCUGCAAGACAUGCGCACUUCAGUCUAUCCCUUUCAUUUUCUGGUUUGACUGGUGAAAGCGGUGCCGGAGACUAUCAAGAUUGUGGGGGGUCAUCAGUGCCUUUUAGGGGUGAACCUCCAUGGUUCCCAGCGGAUCCUGAUAAUUCCCAAUUGCCUACAGCUAGCAGGGAUAGUGCUGUGAUGCGUUACAAGGAAAAGAAGAAAGCACGCAAGUUUGAGAAAAAAAUUAGGUACGCUUCUCGCAAGGCUAUGGCAGAUGUGAGGAGGCGUGUAAAGGGGAGGUUUGUCAAAGCUGGUGAAGCGUAUGAUUAUGAUCCACUUGCACAGACAAGAAGCUUUUAAGAGCAUGGUCAAUGAUAAAUAAUUUGGGAAAAUGAAAACUGGCAUAUAUCACGCUUCCCUUGCAAGUAAUGUGCUUCCUUUGGGAAAACAAAAGCCAUCAGGGCAUGUUCUUGAAGUAUGAGUUCUCCAUCACCAUCUUGCCCAGCAUUCUGAUCUGGUAAAAACUGGUCUUCAUAUUCAUUCUGAUAGGCAAUGGUGUGUACAUAUUCUACAAUUUGGGUAAAGCCAGUGCAUAAUUUUCUAUUCCGCCUCAAACUAACCGAACAGUAUUUUCCUUGAACCUCAACCCCCUUACUUUGAGUUCCUUCCUUCCCAUCUUCUUCCUCACUUAUUGUUUCAGUAUAUUCUUCUGAUUCUCCCCAGGAUCGGUAGCCAUGCUAUGCAUGACCUGCUGCAGCAUUCUGCUCCCAGUUUAGGUUUCCAAUUCAGAUCUUUAGAUAUCUCUCUAACUUUUUUCAUGUUGAAUUUGUGGAGCAUACUCUUGUAACUGACAGACAGUUCUUUGUAUCAGUUCACAUGUAAAAGAGGAUCAUUUAUGUAAUAAGAUUCUUGGAGAGUCUGUAAAAUUGGUUUGUGUGCCAAUGACUGUAGAAACAUAAUAUAAUUGUCACACUAUUCAUAUCUGUUUAAAACUUUGAAGCCCUAUAACUUGGGUUGUACAGCUCUAAUGUCUCUCAAAAAGUGCUGUGGUAUUGAAUGAAUUCUGCCCGAAAGACACUUUCCUUUU